CUACAAUUUCGCAGAUCGACAAUUUCGUAUAAUUGUGCUUUGGAGUGGAAUUGGACUAACGUUAUUCGAUCAUUAAUUGUACUUUAUUGCCUUAGCAGUGUCUCGAAAUGGUUUCCUUGAAUCCAGUCAGGAUUCUCAAAAAUGAUGCAGAAGAGGAGAAAGCAGAGAUUGCCCGGUUGAGUUUAUUUGUAGGGGCAAUAGCUAUUGGUGAUUUAGUGAAGUCUACACUUGGUCCUAAAGGUAUGGAUAAGAUAUUAGUGGCUCAUGGUCGAUCUGCAGGACAAGUUCAAGUUACAAAUGAUGGAGCGACCAUUCUUAAAAAUGUUGGUGUGGACAAUCCUGCUGCUAAAAUUUUAGUAGAUAUGUCCCGUGUACAGGAUGAUGAAGUUGGUGAUGGAACUACAUCUGUAACUGUUCUUGCUGCUGAAUUAUUAAGAGAAGCUGAAAAAUUAAUUGAUCAAAAGAUUCAUCCACAAACUAUAAUUGCUGGCUGGAGACAUGCAACUAAUGUAGCAAGAGAAGCUCUAAGAAAUGCUGCAACUGAUAAUUCUGCAGAUCCUGAACGUUUUCGUGAAGAUUUGUUAAAUAUUGCCCGCACAACUUUGAGUUCAAAAAUUUUAUCCCAACACAAAGAACACUUUAGCAAACUUGCAGUAGAUGCUGUAUUACGUCUUAAAGGAUCUGGCAAUUUGUCAGCUAUCCAAGUUAUUAAAAAGCGCGGUGGAACUUUGUCUGAUUCCUUUUUGGAUGAUGGAUUCUUACUAGAUAAAAAACCUGGAGUACAUCAGCCACAAAGAGUAACUGAUGCUCAUAUACUUAUAGCAAACACUCCUAUGGAUACAGAUAAAAUCAAGGUAUUUGGUUCUAGAGUUAGAGUUGAUUCAAUGGCAAAAAUUGCGGAAUUAGAAGCAGCAGAGAAGGAGAAAAUGAAAGAUAAAGUUGAAAAGAUUAUAAAACAUGGAUGCAACGUUUUUGUCAAUAGACAGUUAAUUUAUAAUUAUCCAGAACAAUUAUUUGCUGAUGUUAAUAUCAUGGCUAUUGAGCAUGCUGACUUUGAUGGUAUUGAACGAUUAGCUCUUGUUACUGGUGGAGAAAUAGUUAGUACCUUUGAUAACCCUGAGAUGGUGAAACUUGGAAAAUGCGAUCUUAUUGAACAGGUGAUGAUAGGUGAAGAUACUUUGCUACGAUUUUCUGGAGUUGCUUUGGGAGAAGCUUGUACAAUAAUCAUUAGGGGUGCUACUCAACAAAUUCUUGAUGAAGCUGAGAGAUCUUUACAUGAUGCCCUUUGCGUAUUAUCAGCUACAGUACGCGAAUCAAGAAUUGUUUAUGGUGGAGGUUGUAGUGAAAUGAUAAUGGCUUGUGCUGUAAUGAAAGCUGCAGCUUCUACUCCUGGGAAAGAAGCAGUUGCAAUGGAAUCUUUUGCUCGGGCAUUACAACAAUUACCUACUGUUAUUGCUGAUAAUGCUGGUUAUGAUUCAGCUCAACUAAUUAGCGAGUUGAGAGCUGCACAUAAUUCUAGUUCAAAUACCAUGGGUUUGGAUAUGGAGCAAGGAAAAAUAGGCUGCAUGAAACAAUUAGGAGUAACUGAAUCUUGGGCUGUGAAGAGGCAAGUUUUACUUAGCGCAGCGGAGGCAGCAGAAAUGAUUUUACGCGUGGAUGAUAUUUUACGAGCGGCACCCAGAAAGCGCGUUAAGGACCGUGGACGUUGUUAAUUACAUAAACACUCGUUCAUUGCUUUAUUUGCACUGCUUUUUUUCAU